GACCGGGGGAAAACCACUAACGGUACCGAGUCGUCUCUCCAUCCAUCUCACACUCUACGCUAUGCCACUAGGCUCAGAGAUUGGCGUUGGCGUUUACAUUUUUAGUUGUGUUUGUUUAUAGGGUUCAAAGUCUUCGAGAAGGCUGACUUUCACAGGACAUUUAAUACGCUUAAUAAUUAUUUAUAUAUUUCACAACUAUUAAAAUAUAUAAUUAAAACAUAAGCUGUGCAGAAUCUGAAAGAAUUAAACCAGCGACUCAGUCCGUAUUUUCGUCUGCUGUUUGUUUGAUUCCGGCUUCAACAGCCAGCCAUGACAGCUCGACAAAUCAUCAUCCAUGUUUCGUCUCGAGCAAUACCGUUGUGAAUCUUUUUAAAUUUAAAUCAUCGUGUGUUACAACUCUCAAUAUGGAGCUGCCUGCCUCUGGAUCGGAUUCAAUUGUGAAAAAGAAGAAAAGCCCAGCGAAAAACAUUCCUGUUGAGAAAAGCUCCCAGAAACCAGAAGCACAAUGUUUUGUUGAAAAACUGCCAAACGAGAUACUAGUGACAAUCUUCACUUACCUCAAGCCCAAGGAACUGUUGUAUGGAGCAGGAUUGGUGUGCAAGAGGUGGCAUGAAUUAGCCACUGAUGCAGAGUCAUGGCAGAAGGCAAUUUAUUGCCUAUGGGAUGAUCUUCGUGUAUGGCGUCAUGCUCCUGUGAUUGGCCACCUAGAGAUUCUUGCUCCAAAUGAAAUUGAGGUGGAGAAAGUACGACAGUUGGCACUAUCCCCUAAUCCAACAUCUGUGCGUUCAAUGAGGAUAAUUUUGCGCCAUCCAAAAGAUUCCUUAUCCAUCCUCCGAAAAUACGACAAAACCUUACGAAUGUUGGACUUGCAGGUUGCUGGCCAGGAUGCCCAGCCAGAUGAAUGGAAGGAAUUCUUCGAUACAAUUGGCUCAUUGGCAGAAUUACGCAGUCUAUCAGUCCGCAUUUCGCCAAACAGCUCCGAUAUUCCUUACAACAAGCAAAUCUCAGCUGGAUGCCACUCACUACGUUCCCUUCGAGUUAGGGGCCAGGAAACUAUUGCAUCUGCAAUAGUUAGGGAUCUUGGUAGUGUUGUUUCUAGUUUGACCGUCACUUGCAGUUUCAAUGAAACAUCAGUGCAUCUCAUUCAAUCCUUAUCAGCAUGUUCAUCAGUGGAAGAUAUCACCAUACCAUGUAGUAUGAUUGGAGCUAUUUCACGCUUGUCGUCCUUAAAAUAUUUGAAAGUUAUUGCAGAUCAUGGCCCCCUCAACCUCAGUGAAGCAAUAGAAGCUGCCAAACCCACAAUUCAAAAGAUUGAAAGACUUGAGGUGUGUACUUCACGAAAUCAAAUAGCACCUAGUUUGACCAUUAACCAAUUGAUAGCUGGGUUUGCUCCAUAUCUAAAGAAAUGCAAAACAGCUGAUUUAAGAGGGUUGCAUUCACUUGAUGAAUAUCUCUCAGAAUUCAUAAAUGAGGCUGAGAAAGUUCAACAAUAUUACCUAUGCUGCAGGGUUUAUCAUCUGUUGCAUUUAGAACAAAUGCCAGCUGUGACCACUGUUCAUGCCGUUCUUGAUAGUCAAGGCAUGUAUGUGCCUUAUGUUAUGAGAGCUGUCAACCGACUAAAAAAACAUCCAAAGAAAAAAUUUAGUGUCUUUUUUCAUUGUUUAAAUGUGUAAAUGUACCUGUCCAAAUUUUAAAACCUAGUAGUGUGCGGAUUUGAAUAUUAUACUUUACUUUUAAAAGUAUCCCUUAUGUAUAGUACAGUAGGCAGUAUUUUAAACGAACUGCAUGUUAAACAUGUUGAUUGUGAUUUAAAGUCUGUGGCAAGUAUGGUACUUUCCCAUACCAUACCUUCUCAUUAUCUUGGUGAUGUGAUCCAAAGUUUGUAGAAACAUGUCACUUUCAAGACUAGAAUUAUUUGACUUCUGCCAUAACUGGUAAUAUAGGUGUUUUUUUUUGUGUGUUUUUUUUAAAUGUGAUGUCAUGUGACAAAUUACUUGUGAGUUACAAUUGUAUGUUAUUCAUCUGUAUAUCGUCCAUCAGUUAGUGAAACUUCAUUAUAGAGCUAGUGCAUAUAGUUAUUCUGUAAAAUGCUACUAUAGUGAAGGUUCACUAACAGUUUUGCUUGUAGAUUCAUGCUUUGCAACUACAUACCCCAUGGCAUAUUGCAUUUUGGGCUGUUAUCUCACUUAAAAACUUUAUUGUUCUGUUGCUAACCAAUAAUAUCUAUUCUAUCUAUCUAUCUAUAAUUUCUCUCAGGCUUAUUGGUAUCUUCAGAAGAGCCAAUUAUCAUUGUUGUGCAAUGUUUUACUCUCCUUUGGUUAUGUUUUUAGUUACCAACCUACCUAUUAUAUGUCUAUUUAUAAACAUGAUUUUUUAUUGAAAUCUGAAAGUUCUCUGUCUAUAGCUUUUAAAUUGUCUUUGAAAUCUGCCAAGUAAAACUUUGAAAGUUUUCA